AUGUCUGAUACUGAAGACUUUCAGCGGCAACAAAUCCGAGAUAAUCUUUCAACUUUAAGUUUUGAAGAGCUCAUUAAACUAAAAGAAAAAGUUGGCUCAAAAGUUUAUAAUGCAACAGUACAUGGAGCACCUUCAACAUCAACCAACAAAAAGGAGAUUAAAAGGCAAAACAAAAACAGGCCUAGAGAAAUCAGCUCAAAAAUCAGAAUGAAACAAGUCAAAAGUAUUUUAACAAGAAAUUCUACUACCACAAUAAAAUCAAGUGCAAGAGAUCCAAGAUUUGAUCCUUCUUGUGGAGAAUUUGAUAAAGAAACUUUCAAGCAAAAUUACGAGUUUGUCAAUGAACUCAGGCAAAAGGAAAAACUUGCCUUGCAAAAAGAACUCAAUGAAGUCAAAGACCCUGAGAGAAAAAAGACAAUCAAGUUGCUAAUACAAAGAACUGAAAAUAAAGUAAGGGAAGAAGAGAAAACAAACAAGGCAAAAGCAAGGGAUUAUGCUGAAAAAAGACAAAUUAGAGAGACAAUCAAGCAAGGCGAAAAACCAGUUUACAUUAAAAAAUCAGUGAAGAAAUUGCAAGGAUUAGUAGAAAAAUAUGAAGAACUCAAGAAGAGUAAUAGAUUGGAGAAACACAUUCAAAAGAGAGCUAAAAAGUUGAAAGUUAAAGAUAGGAGACAAAUGGAAAAAAUCAAAUAA